UUGCCCUUGACCUGACCCAUCCCAGGAGGACAACCAGUGCAGCUCUACCAUGUCUCGCUUUGUCAGAGCUUCCAAGUACAGACACGUUUACGGCCAGCAGGGCAAGAAGGAGUAUGGCUACGAGAACGUCAAGGUCUCCAGCUCAGCCUGGGACACCAAUCUCAUCUCUGCUUCUGGCCGCUAUCUCGCUCUGAACUGGAACGCAUCCGGUGGUGGCGCCUUCGCUAUUCUCCCCCUCCCCACGCCCUUUGCCCCGCUGCCCACCGGCUUCCCCUCCAAGCUUCCCGACGUCAUCCCCCUCGCCCGCUCCCACACCGCCACGGUCCUCGACACCGACUUCUCCCCUCACGACGAUGCCCUCCUCGCCUCAGGUGCCGAAGACGGCAAAACCUUCAUCUGGAAAGUCGACGCCUCCACCUUCCAGGGCUGGUCCGAAGACGACUUCGUCCCGCGCGACUUUGACCCCGUCGCCCGCCUCGACGUGUCCCCACGCAAAGUAGGCCACGUGCUCUGGCACCCGACGGCGAGCAACGUCCUCGCGACCGCAAGCGGCGACCACACCGUCAAGCUCUGGGACCUCGCCAACAGCGAGAAACCACGGGUCGUGCUGGGCCCGCAUCAGGACGCGAUACAGUGCGUCGCGUUCGAUCCGACGGGCACGAUGCUCGCGACGACGUCGCGUGACCGCAAGCUCCGGAUAUUCGACCCGCGUGCGGGGCCCGACCCUGUGCGCAUCGCGGACUCGCACGGGGGCGUUAAGGGCGCACGGGUGACGUGGAUGGGCGAUACGGGGCGGAUCGCGACGACGGGAUUCAGCAAGAUGAGCGAUCGCCAGGUCGGGAUUUGGGAUACGGCGGGGUUGACGAAUCAGAAGAUGGUCACGAUUGAUCAGAGCGCGGGUGUGCUUAUGCCGUCGUGGUGCGACAACGGGAUUCUGUUCCUUGCUGGCAAAGGAGACGGAAACGUGCGCUAUUACGAAUACGACUCGGACUCGCUGCAUGCGCUCGCCGAGUACAAGUCCUCGGAACCGCAACGUGGCAUGUGCUUCCUCCCGCGGCGCGCGCUCGACGUCGGCCAGUGCGAGAUCACACGCGCGUACAAGGUGUACGGCGGCACUAUCGAGCCCAUCGCGUUCAUUGUCCCGCGCAAGGACGACUCGUUCCAGGCGGACAUCUUCCCCCCAGCGCCCUCGGGUGAGCCCGCGAUCGACGCGCCUGCCUUUUUCGCGGGCAAGCCUGUCGAGCUGCAGCUCGUGUCGCUCGACAAUGGCGCCGUUGUGGGAUCGCAGAGCGCCACCGCUCCUCCCUCUAGUGCGCUCACGCCCACUACUCCUGCCCCGUCCACCCCGGCACCCGUGACACCCGCUAGGGCGGCGAGCAUCCCCACCCCGGCAGCCUCGUCGCCUGUCGCGAGCACGCCCCCGAGCGCGACUGCGCCUCCUGCUGCGAGCGACGAUGGCGAAGUUGCAUCUGUCCGCGAAGAGAACGCGCGCUUGAACAGCGAGCUGCGCGAGGCGCGUGCGAUGAUCCGCAACUUGGAGCUGCAGGUCGAAAGUAUGAAGGCGAAUGCGAAGAGGGCUGCCGAGGCGCUGUUGAACGCUUGAGCGGUGGUUCCUGGUUUGCGGGGAGUAGAGCGUGAGGAGAUGGAUACCAAAAUGCGGUGGUGUUGUUGUUUUUGUUUCUUGCUUCUGUCUUUUGUUUUGAAAACAGAUUUCUUGAUUGUGGAGAUAGACAGUGUAUUUGUUAUUACAUCUUUCGAGUUGAACAUACGCUGUUAUGGUGCUGGCCCC